GGAGAUGCGACUCACCGGGCUCUGGUAGCCACAUUUGCAGCCUCGGCCGUCUGUCCGGAACCUGCUCCCAACACACCUAGGCUGACCGUGAGCUGCGCGAUGGGCUCGGAACUGGAGACAGCGAUGGAGACUCUCAUCAAUGUGUUCCACGCCCACUCGGGCAAGGAGGGGGACAAGUACAAGCUGAGCAAGAAGGAGCUGAAAGAGCUGCUGCAGACGGAGCUCUCUGGCUUCCUGGACGCCCAGAAGGAUGCGGAUGCUGUGGACAAGGUGAUGAAGGAGCUCGACGAGAAUGGAGAUGGGGAGGUGGACUUCCAGGAGUAUGUGGUGCUGGUGGCUGCCCUCACAGUGGCCUGUAACAACUUCUUCUGGGAGAACAGUUGAGCAGACGGUCCCAUUGGGCAGCGCCCUUCCUCUCCACCCUGCCACACCUGCCUCUUCACCCUGCUUCCCCUUCAUCCUGCUGUUCCCUCCCCACCUUCUCACCCUUGCCUACCCUCCAACAGGGGCGCAAGAGUAGUGGGCCAGGCCUGCAACUCAUCUUUCAUUAAAGGCUCCUCUCUCACCA